AUGCUGCCGCCCCGGGCCGCGGCGCAUACCAACAACGGCUUCCACCGCCCCGCCACCGCAGCCUCCUCCUCGGCCAACUCUUCCACCGCCUCGUCGCCAUCCUCGUCGUCCCAUCCCAUCCCCGCCCCUCCACCAGCCCACGCUGCCUCCUCGUCCUCGUCGUCUUCCGCCGCGCCCUCGUCGACCGCAAACCCGCCAGCCGCCCAUCAACCGCCGCCGCAACAGCAACAGCAGCAGCGGCCCAAGCGCACCCUCGCAAAGCGCAGCUGCCUCCAGUGCAGGCACAAAAAGGCAAGGUGCGAGCUGCCAGACCUCACCGUACCCUCCUCGCAGCGACCCGUCGACUACGACAAAAAGUGCCACCGAUGCAGAGUCCUCCACGUAGACUGCGUCGUAUGGGACGGCGACCGCAAGCGCAAACCAAAGAUCCCAGCGCAGCCUCCCUCGCCGCCCGCUGCCCGCCCACCACCACCUCCGCAGCGUCCAACGCCGGCCACGACCACGGCCACGUCGACUCACGCAACCGCCGCCACCACCGCCUCGGCGCGCGACGACGCCGUCGACGGCUCGACCAACAACAGCAGCUCCAGGAGGUCCGACAGCUUCCACCACGACAGCUCGAACCGCUCCGCUGCAGAGGCCCUCGCUUCCCUCUACCACUCGCCCGCGUCCGCAUCCGCUGCCUCGCCCAGAAACACUUCCACAAAGGUGCCCACGCUCUUUUUUGAGCCAGAAAACGAGCUCUUCCGCGACCACCCCUCCCCUCCGGUCGCCCAACAGCAGCAGCAGCAUCAGCACGCCUCGCGUGCGCCAUCCAGGCCGAGCUCGGCGGUGGGCACGCCAAACGCCCGGUCCCCUCUGGACCCAGCCCAGCCGCAGGCGAAGCAUCACCCGCGCACGCCCCAGCACGGCCGCCCCGCUCACGCCCCCAACGUCACCAUGCCGCACACCGACUCGCAGCAAGACGGCUCCACCUCUCGGCCAGGCGCUGCCGAUGACGGCUCCUUUUCCGCCGCCGCCUCGUUCAGCACUCCCUUCAAGCCGGGCGAGCGCCUUCGACCCGGUCUGGAAAGGCACGAGAGCGCGGCGGCGCAGGCAUCGCCGGUGAAGCGAGCGGGCGGGCCCAAGCAGAUGCUCUGGAAGCCACUCACCGUCAUGUUGCAGUACGCGUCGAGCCAGCCGCGCUUCCUCGAGUACCUCGUCGAGAGGGUGACGGUGCUCGACGCGCCUCUGCGCGCCAUCGACGUGACCGACCUGCUCGAUCAGAGCCUGUGCGAGGGCCUCGAGCACCGCCUGCGGCCCUACAUCGCCUGGCACCCGCACAUGCCCUCUCUCACCGCCACCUACCUCGAGCACGUGCGCCAGCGCAACAAGGCGACGUCGCUGCUGCUCGCCACCCUCGCCCUGCUGGCGGUGCGCCACCAGCUGCCCCUGUCCAUGGAUCUGCCGCGCAAGCUGUCGGCGUCCAUCGACCGGCUCGGCACACAGGUCCUCGUCUCGACGCCGCGCACCAUCCACACGGCCAUGGCCUUUGAGCUGCUCAUCGCCCACGAGCCCGCCCUGGUUGGCGUCACGGCCGUCGGCAGCGCCCGCGACCAGGCGUCGCGCGGCGGCGAUCUCGGCGGCGAAAACCUGCUCGCCGUCGCCCUCAACCUGUGCCGUGACCUUGGCAUCGACAAGUCGCUCGAUCGGUAUGCGGCAGCGAUCCAGGACCUGCCGCCGGCCCAGCCCGGGUCGGUGCAGGACCCGUCGCACCCUGCGCAGGGCCGCGCGUCUGGUGGCCCUGCGCCCGUCGACGAGGCCCGACGCGCCGAGCUGCAGCAGCUGCUCGGCGCCGCGUCGCUCUGGCUCAACCUGCGCAUGUGGGAGGGCCACUACGUCUUCCUCAAGCCCGUCAUCCGCCCCGUGCGCGACUUGAGCAGGCUGGCCGAGCAGGCCAAGAUCCUCAUCUGCCGCGACGAGCUCGGCCGGAAGAUCCCUACGCCGUCCAGGACCGGCGCCGGCGCCGGCAUGGCGCAGCAGCAGCCCGCAUCUUCGUCUCAGGGGCCGUCGACCGACAACGACCAGCUGCUGAGGGCGGCGGGGCGCACGAUCCUUGCGCACCGGAUGCAGAACAUGGCCAUGUUCCACGAGACGAUCCUCGAUAUAGGAGAGGCGCUGGUUAUGCGCAGCGACCCCGACGGCGGCGGCGGCCAGCCGGACUCUGAAGAUCGCGACGGUCGGAGCGGCAGCGCAGCGCGGCGUGCCGACGACCCAGCCGAACCCGCAGGCGACACUGGCGGCGGUGGCGACGUGGACGACGACGGCGCCGAGGCGGAUCCGACCGACGAGCCGCCGCGCGGGUGGGAAGACCGUGCGACGCGUACGGCGGUCCAGAUCCGCAUCAAGAAUCUCAUCCUCGCCGCCUACCAGAAGCGCGUCGAGAUCGAGGAGAAGAGGCACCUCGUCAUGGCCCCCUUUGCCGUCGACGGCCUUGGGUCGCUGCCCGAGGCCUGGUCGCACUUUGAGGCGCUGGCGCUCGUCUCGAUGCUGGGCGUGUUUGCCAGCUGCGCCAUGCACACGGGCCGCAUCCAGUACGCCUUUUCGCCGCAUGACUUUAUCGAUGCGCUGGUCAACGACCGCGCCUUCAACGAGCACAUUGCCGAGAUUGGCAAGAAGCGCCAGGCCAUCUCGACCAGGGUCGUGGCGAGCUUCGGCAUGUUUGACCGGCCCAUUGUCGUCGGCGAGGCGCGCGGCUUCCACUUUGGCGGCCAGCACGCCGAGGGCACCGUCGAGGCGACGGGCGUGCCCAUGUUUCUCACGUCGGCGCUCGUCGUCGACAUGUGCAAGUCGUUUGUCGAGGCGACGGCGUGCGUCAUCAUGGCCUACUCAACGCUCCUCGACACCGUCGACACGCAGGUGCUGCUGAUGAUGCAGGCCGUCCAGCGUCUGUCGUCGUUUGACCAGAACCGCUUCUACGCGCCCGGUCCGGCGGCGGCGGCGGCCAACGGCAACGGCAACGGCAACGGCGACCAAGCCGAACAGGCGGCCGGAAAGCGCUCCGGGACCAGCGAGGGCGCCGGCGACGACGAGAACGACGCGGGGCCGCCGAUCGAGGGGCAGCAGCUCCGACCACGGGCCGAGCGAGCUGCUGAGCGUCUGCCGCAUCGCCGCGCACAGCAACACCAGCCGCACCAGCAGCCGCCGCCGCUGCCGGCGCCGCCGACGGAAGCGCGGACGAGCCACGAUGGCGCCCAAGCCGCCUCGCUAGCGCACCUGGCGGCGGGAUAUGGAGGCACGCACGCCCCGCUGCAACCGUCGUACUCGACGUCGUCCGGCUACGCGUCGCAGGCGCAGCCGGCGUUCCCGCCCUACGCGCAUGCCCAGCAGCCCACGCCGCCUCCGUCGCAACAGCACCAGCAGCAGCAGCUCCAUCACCACCACCACCACGAGCAGGGGCUGCCGUUUGCGGUUCCGAUGCAGCAUCAUCACCAGCAGCAGCAGCAGCCAGGCUUUGCCGGGGCGCACUUUGGUAUGCCGCACGAGGGAGGCAUGCAGCCGCAUUACCAGCAGCAGGCCGGGCCGCAGUCGCAGUCGCAGCCGCACGGGCAGCAGCAAGCGCCAUGGCCCGGCCUGCCGACCGAGUUCGACUACGGGCCCGGGCUGCAGGAGCUCGACAGCUUCCUCGAGUGGUCCAUUGGCGGCUACACGCACGACCUCACCAACGCCCUCCUCCCGCCCGACCCGCACGGCCCGUCGCUGUUUGGCCAGGCCAACGGCGGCGCAGGCCACGGCCAAGGUCAGGGAGGGCCUGGCGCCAGCGCCGGUGCAGGCGGAUUCGACUCGGUCUACCAGGGCGUCUUUCCCUGA